AUGUGGCCGGGCUUAAAGCAAGUGGUUUACGAAGUGCGGCGCUGGAGCCACUUCAAUGAGGGCGCAGGCCAGGUAGUGUCCGAAAAUGUAGACAAAGCGGAACGUCCGCGUACACGUAAGCCGAAGAAGUUGGCCGGUGAGAAGGGCAGCAGCAGCGGUGCAUCGAAUGGCAGCGGAAGCGGAGGUGGCGGUGCUGCCACCGCAGAGGAUAAACGACCGCGCACGGCGUUCAGUGGCUCGCAAUUGGCGCGCUUGAAGCAUGAGUUCACCGAGAACCGCUAUCUAACCGAAAAGCGACGCCAACAACUCAGCUCCGAACUGGGACUAAAUGAAGCGCAGAUCAAAAUUUGGUUUCAAAACAAACGUGCCAAACUGAAAAAGUCGAGCGGCACCAAGAAUCCUUUGGCGCUGCAACUAAUGGCGCAAGGCCUUUACAACCACUCGACGGUGCCGCUGACGCGUGAAGAAGAAGAACUGCAAGAGCUGCAGGAGCGCGAGAAUGCAGCAGCGGCAGCCGCAGCAGCAGAGGUAAGAAACGGUGGCGCUACGACGGCAACAACUGUGUCCACGUAGAUACUCUCACACUGCUGAGGUAAUUGAAUUUGGGGACAACGAAGUAAUCCUAUCGCUGUAAAUUAUAUUAAUUAAUUAAUUUAUAAAACACUCAUAGCAAAAAUAUGUAUACGAAUGUAAAUUAUAUGUACAAAAUAUUUAGAAUUUAUUGCUUAAUAUUUAACUAAAUGAAGGAUGGAGAGCGAUUAUGGGAAGUGCACCGCGUGAGCUAAAAAUUGGGAGACUGUGUUGGACGGGUGAGACAUUCCUUCGUACAAUAACAGAUAAAUAUUUUAGUUUUUGUUAUUAAAUAAUUAUGUAUGAAGCAACAACACAAACUGAGUAUUGCUAACGAGCGAGUGAGAGCGAGACAAAAGUGUUGUAAAGUAGAACAAAUAAUGAACCAUUGUCAAUAAGCACUGGAAAAGUUAAGGAACCGUAACUAACUUCCACCAAUUUUUUUUCUCCUUCCUUAUUUAUUUUGAUUACGAAAAUGAACUAAGAGGAAAGACACGCGAUCAAUUUCUUUCAAAUUUCCGAAAAAAAUUUGCUAUUUGGAGAAUAUUCCUAUAAAAAUGCGGACUUGGAGUCAAGGAAAUCGUGGAAAUAUUAAAUUGUAUUAUAGAGAAAUAUUUUCCUACCAGAACCACGUCAGCAAAACUCUUCAUAAGAAGAAUUCAUUUUAUUAGUAAGCACCUAAUUAUAUAUUGUAUACCUUUUGUUAUACCAAAUACUAUCACCUAUUACUUCCCGUUCUCUUUUCUACAACUUGGCGCAUGUAUACAUUGCGAAUGACCAAUA